AUGCCAUCUAGAUUUACUAAAACCAGAAAGCACAGAGGUCACGUCUCAGCCGGUAAAGGUCGUAUCGGUAAGCACAGAAAGCACCCGGGUGGUAGAGGUAAGGCUGGUGGUCUACAACACCACAGAAUCAACAUGGAUAAAUACCAUCCAGGUUACUUCGGUAAGGUUGGUAUGAGAUACUUCCACAAGCAACAAGGUCAUUUCUGGAGACCAACUCUAAACUUGGACAAGUUAUGGACUCUAGUCCCAGAAGAAAAGAGAGACGAAUACAUGAAGUCCUCUUCUGCUUCUGCUGCUCCAGUCAUUGACACCCUAGCUGCCGGUUACGGUAAGGUUCUAGGUAAGGGUAGAAUUCCAAACGUCCCAGUCAUUGUCAAGGCCAGAUUCGUUUCUAAGCUUGCUGAAGAAAAGAUCAAGGCUGCUGGUGGUGUUGUUGAAUUAAUCGCUUAA